UGGAAAUUUAAUUCGAUUUACCCUAACUUCCUCAUCGCCAUCCAAACGGGGGACAUUCGAUUCGUACUUAGAUUUCGAAGAUAGAAGAAGCUAACAACGAUUCCUGGAACAUCGAGAGAAAAAAAAAAAACAAAAAAACUUUCCCUCUUUUUUAUUUGCCCCAAACUAGGGUUCCUUACCAAUCGUUGAAUUCCUACCCGUUGCGUGUCUUUCGCAAUCUUUCUUGAAAUUUUCAGAUACCCUGUUCAUUGUAUGUUCUUGCAAUUUGAAAUUAUGAAAGGAUGGUUUACGAAUUAGGUCACGUACGCGACCAAUUCACGAACAAGAACAUUGGUAUUCAGAAAGAAGGAGGUGUCGCGAGUAAUUUGCACAAGAAGCGACGUUCCGGCGUCAAUAAUGUUAAUAAGUUUAUCGGCAGCGUUGCCAAAAACUAUAUGGAGACAACUGUGGGAGAGAAUUGGGCAUCUGACCUUAUCAAUCACUUGAACACCCGAUUUCCGACUUCUAUCGAUUCUCAAAAGGAGUAUAAUGACCACAAGUUACUUGCCCAUGGAUUGCAGAACUACAUUCAACAUGAUGCUAAUCUUCAUCAGAUAGUAUCCAACACCCUUGCUUCCUCUCAUUCAUCUCUGCCAGACUUGUUGGUUUCACCUGUUUUUCAUAGCUCUACUUCAAUCUGUCCUGAAAAUUACACGAAUUUGGGAUACAAUCAUUACAAUUCUACUUCAAUCUAUAAUCCUGAGCUUUGUGGAGGAUCUGCAUUUAACGAUUAUUCCCAGAAUAAUCCCAGCACAAAUGUUGGUUGUGGUGGGAUGAACUUAAUUUCCCCAUUGGGUGUAAAGCAGACUGAUCUAGACCUUAUUACUUCACCUGAACAAGUAUCAUCCAUCACUGCAUGUUCUUAUGGAGAUAUGAUAUCUGAUUCUGAAGCUUUUGAUAGUAGAGCUUAUUAUCAAUUGAAGGCUCAAUCAAAUAUGUUAUUUGGCAAUGUUGAAAAAUCCAGAAAUGAAGUCACAAUGCAGGCUCAACCACAUGUUUUGGAAAGUUCAAAUCAAAUCUCUAGUUUGCAAGUCCUUAAUUCAUAUAUCAUGUACAAAGAUAUGCCAGCAGAUUUGAGAAGAGAAGUUCCUUUCCAAAAUUAUAUGCAUGCAGCAGAAUGCAAGGACAAUUUUUGCAACUGCUCCAUGUAUCUUGAACUGGCAUCCCAUUUUGACAAGUGUCAUGAUUCAAAUUGCAGUAUUUGUGGGCCUGCAAGGUCUUUAUAUGGUACUAAUAAAUUUCAAUUGGAAUCUAAAAAGAGAAAGAUAGAUGAAUCAGAGCCCACACUUUAUGCUGAUCCGAGUCACACCGAAACACUUUCAGAAGAUGCAUUAUUACCUACAAAAUAUCAGAAGAUGGAAGCAAUUGUAUGUAAUGAAGAUGUUCAAGAAGUAGUACAGCUACAAAAAGAACUUUUAGGAGCAGAUAUUGACCCAAAAGUUAGUGCAAAUGGAGAAGAAGAAGAAGCCAUGGAUGAUGAUCAGAAAAAGAAGUUGAAUGGUGAACAAGAAUCAACAGGGCUAAAACAAAGUGAUGGUAAUGGUGUUACAAACAAUGAAAUGAACAAAUCAGAGAAGAUGAAGAUACAGAGUGUGUCUUUAGCUGAUUUUUUCACUGCAGAUCAAAUCAGAGGGCAUUUGUUGAGUUUUACCCCUCAGAAGGAUGUAGUAUCAGGAAACAGAGAACAGUCAAUCGGUCAAAACAGAUGCCAGCUGUGUACCAAUGAUAAGCUUGUAUUUGCCCCAUCACCUAUAUAUUGCUCAUCUUGUGACACCCGUAUCAAGCGAAAUGUCGGGUAUUUUCGAUCAACAAAUGAAAUUGGUAUACGCCAUUGUUUCUGUAUGUCAUGCUACAGAGGAUCUCAUGGGACUAAUAUUAUUAUGCGCGGGUUUUCUAUUCCCAAAUCAAAUCUCCAAAAAGCAAAAAACGAUGAGGAAAAAGAGGACUCUUGGGUUCUUUGUGAUAGAUGUCAAUGCUGGCAGCAUAGGAUAUGUGGUCUGUAUAAUGAUGAAAAAGAUGUGGAAGGGAAGGCGGAAUAUAUUUGUCCUAAAUGUUAUUUAGAAGAAAUAGAGGAUGGAACACGUGUUCCCUUACCAGAAACCAAUGCUUUUGGAGCAAAAGAUCUUCCAAGAACUAAUCUGAGUGAUCACAUAGAGGAAAGACUGUGUAGGCGUCUGAAUCAAGAAAGACAAGAAAUGGCAAAGAUUUCUGGAAUUGAACCCAAUGAGGUACCUGGAGCUGAAGGGCUUGUUGUGAGGGUAGUUGUGUCUGUUGAGAAACAGCUGGAAGUGAGACAGAAGUUUAAAGACAUACUUCAUGGAGAAGAUUACCCAUCAGGAUUUACAUACAGAUCAAAGUUGAUCUUUUUGUUCCAGAAUAUAGAAGGGGUAGAUGUGUGCCUGUUUGGAAUGUGUGUUCAGGAGUUUGGAUCAGAGUGUGGGGGCCCAAAUCAACGUUGUGUGUAUAUCUCGUAUCUUGAUUCUGUAAAGUACUUUAGACCCGAGAGAAAGAGUGUGAGUGGUGAAUCUCUUCGGACCUUUGUUUAUCAUGAGAUAUUGAUUGGAUACCUCGAGUAUUGCAAGACACGGGGUUUCGCCACCUGUUAUAUAUGGGCAUGUCCUCUUAUAAAAGGAGAAGAUUAUAUUUUUUACUGCCAUCCAGAGACUCAGAGAACACCAAAGCAGGAUAAGCUACGCCAGUGGUACAAGUCAAUGCUAAAGAAAGGGGCGGAAGAUGGUGUUGUUGUGGACUACACAAAUUUAUACAAUCAGUUUUUUGUUGCUAGUGGAGAGGGGAAUAGAAAGAUAACUGCAGCUCGUUUGCCCUUUUUUGAUGGUGAUUAUUGGUCAGGGGCAGCUGAAAAUAUAGUUAGGAAACUUGAAGUAGAAGAAACUAGUGCUGGUGGAUUGCAAAGCAAGCUACCUAACAAGAGAAUCUUGAAAGCCAUGGGACAGGAUAAACCUGAUGUUGCAGUCAAGGAUGUGUUAGUGAUGCAAAAGCUGGGCCAAACUAUUCUACCUGUGAAGGAAAACUUUAUGAUUGUCCAUUUACAACAUGUUUGCACUCAUUGCCAUGAAGUGAUAUUAUCUGGAAGCAGAUGGUUUUGCAGCCACUGCAAAAAGAUUCAACUAUGUUCAAGAUGUUUUAAUGCUGAGAAGAAUCUUUCUAGGAGUGAAAUGCACACAUGCCAUUCUGAUGAAAAGAAUCUACUCUCUGAGGUUGUGGUGAAGAAUGUGACUGUUGAUACCAAAGAUAAAGAUGAUGUGUUUGUGAACAGUUUCUUUGAGACUCGUGAUGCCUUCUUAAACAAAUGCCAGAAAUCCCAUUUUCAGUUUGAUACAUUAUCCCAUGCCAAAUAUUCGUCUAUGAUGAUCUUGUAUCAUCUAAUCCACAAGCCUCCUCCUAUUAAACCAACCUGCACUGCUUGCAACAAAGAUGUUGUGGUUGAGCGAUGCUGGCAUUGUGACAUCUGUACAAAGUAUAAUGUUUGUGAAUCAUGCUAUAAGAUGAAACGUGGUGCUUAUCAUCCUCACAGAUUAAAUCCGCCUUCACUCAUACUUGUCAGGGGAUCUAAACCUGGACAUGGACAUCAAAAACCCAUGACGUUGAAAGCAGUGCUGGAUGUUUUAAUGCAUGCAUCUCAAUGUGUGAGGAUCCCGUGCACUUAUACAGAGUGUGUAACUAUGAGAAGACUUUUCUACCAUGCUUCUAGAUGUAGUGUCAGGGUUCCUGGAGGUUGCCAAUUUUGUCAACGGGUAUGGAGAAUAUUAAAGGAGCACUCACAAAUAUGUAAAGAUUCUGAUUGCAGGAUACCUCGCUGCAUGGAUAUAAAGAAGCACAAGGAGCUUAAAGCCCGCUUGGCUAUGGCUAAUCAAGCACCAGCAGUAGCAGGAGCUUCCUGUUACUAAAUCACCUCUACAGUAAAGAAAAUAAAGUUGAAGUGGUCACAGUUUUGCACAACUAACAUGAAUAGAUAAAGUUUGAGCUUUUGUCAUAUCAUAUCAACAACAUAAGUGAUGUGUUUUUGCUGUGGG